AUUUCAUUGUAAAAUUCCGAGUCACCGCGCUCAUUGUUUUAUUAUUCAAUUGAGUAUUUGUGGAAGUGAAUGAAUAAUUUUUAAAGGCGAAUUAAAAGGAAAGUCAAAUUGCCAAGCAUUUUUGAGAAUUAUUACAAAAAGUCUAUGCUCUCUUCAAAACUUUCCACAAAUCCCAAUUAGAUAUAGAAAUUUUUCUAAAACGAGUACAAAUUUUUAAAAUUUGAAAUUAUUAGACAUCUAAAAAACUCAAAAAUGCUUAGCGUUAGAAGAACUUUAAUGUCAUACAAAACAAUUCGCAGAAUUGGUACUCAGUUAUCUAUCCCUAGCAGAAAUUUGGGUGAUGUGGGAAAUUCAGGGAACGCUCGAAAACUUAAUAGCUUACUAUUAUCUCAGACUUCAAAUAUUAGUACAAAUAAAUUAAAUUUAAGUAGCUACACUUCGUUUAUACGUACCAUGUCUUCCGCCAACGCAGCACAUUUUGUUUUGCCCAAUACGCAACCGAUUGCUGAUUUGGAGUGCAAAAAUGCAUUCAUGGGCUUAACAGAGAAGGAAAAACUCUACGCUCACUACUUCAGUAAAGCUUCAUGGGACGGUGGUCUUAUAGCGCUGAUACAGUCUAGUCCGGAAGCACCGUUAAUUUUCUCAUUUCUACACCGCAUUUUUGUCGCCGAACCAUUAGAGGAAUUGAAAGCAAAGGUUUUGUCUAAUGGCAUUACUGAAGAUGAGUUCACCGCCUUCUUGGUUUAUGCUUGUGGUAUUUUUGCCAAUGCCGGUAACUACAAAGGUAUGGGCGACAGUAAAAUCAUUCCGAAUUUGGACGAGAAAAAAUUCGAGACGAUUGUUCGCUCAUCAACUGCCCAUUCAAGUGAUAAGCGUGUAUCAGCCGCCUAUGAGAAGGCCGCUCCGCUCAUCUACGCGUUGAAACCGCGCGAUGAGGUUUUGGGUUUUGCACCCAACGGCAUAACGACGUAUUGGUCAGAUAACUGUACGAAAGAAGAUGCCGACAUUGUCAAUGAGUGGUUAACAUCGAAGCGUAUUGAACCCUAUAUGUGUCGUACAUUUAAAGUGGUCGAAAAUGGCCAAACUGUUUACGAUAUUAAGUUGGGUUCGGUGGAUAAUUCCGACAAGGAUGGCAUAACUCUGCCCUUGGAGAGCUACAAUGGCAAUAGUUUUCGUGUAACACGUGGUGACUAUCAGAAGCUCUUGCAGCGUGUCAAUAAAAACCUGGAGAAAGCGAAAAAGUAUGCGGCAAAUGAAAAUGAGCAAAAAAUGAUUGAACACUAUAUAAAGUCGUUCCAAGAAGGUUCAUUAGCAGAUCAUAAGGAUGGCUCCAGAUGGUGGAUUAAGGAUAAGGGACCUGUUAUCGAAACCUAUAUUGGCUUCAUUGAAACAUAUCGUGAUCCGGCAGGUGGGCGCGCCGAAUUUGAGGGCUUUGUGGCAAUGGUGAACAAGGAAAGCUCUGCCAAGUUCGCCGAACUGGUAGCACGCGCAGAAAAGCUGUUGGAAUAUUUGCCCUGGAGUGAAGCUUACGAGAAAGACACGUAUUUGAAGCCAGACUUCACUUCACUGGAUGUGCUGACGUUUGCUGGUAGUGGCGUGCCAGCAGGAAUCAACAUUCCAAAUUAUGACGAGAUCCGUCAGGAUGAAGGCUUUAAAAACGUAUCGCUCGGCAACGUGUUGGCCAAUAUUAACCGCAAAGACCCCAUUCCAUUCCUUUCGGAUGAAGAUCAAGAGCUAAUGAAGGAGUACAAAGUGAAGUCUUUCGAGGUGCAAGUUGGCUUGCACGAGCUGCUCGGUCAUGGUAGCGGUAAGCUCUUCCGCAUAGAUGAGAACGGCAAGUUCAAUUUUGACAAAGACAACACGAAAAACCUCAUUACUGGUGAGCCCAUCAAAACUUGGUAUUUACCCGGCGAAACUUACGAUACGAAAUUCGGCGCGAUCGGCUCUUCCUAUGAGGAAUGUCGCGCCGAAGCAGUCGGCUUGUAUCUUUCACUACAAGCAGAUAUCUUGGAGAUUUUCGGUUUCAAGGACCCUGUUGAGCAGGAGAAAAUCAUUUAUAUUAACUGGUUGAGUUUAAUUUGGAAUGGUAUGGGUGUUGCUUUAGAAAUGUACAACCCACAAUCCAAACAAUGGAUGCAAGCGCAUUCGCGCGCACGCUUCGUUAUUAUGAAGGUGCUGCUGGAGGCGGGUGAAGGCUUUGUCACCGUCGAGGAGACAGACGAUGGUAAAAAUUUACGUCUCACUGUUGACCGCACAAAAAUCCAGACUGUUGGCAGAAAGGCCAUCGAAGAAUUCCUAAAGAAACUUCAAGUUUACAAAUCGACUGCUGAUAUUGCAGCGGCAAGUGAAAUGUAUGAACACUACUCGGAGGUCAGUGAAGGUGGCUCGCAUCCAUGGGCGAAAUGGCGUGACAUUUGUUUGGCGCAUAAGAAACCGCGUAUAAUUUUGGUGCAAGCCAACACGGACGUGGAGAGUGAGAAAGUGAAACUGAAAACGUAUGACGCCACGCACGAGGGUUACAUUAAGUCCUGGGUGGAACGUUAUCCCGACACGGAAAUCGAUGACAUUUUGGAGGAAAUUGUCGAAAAUGAGAAAAAAUACUUUCCAAGUGCCUUUGGAAAUUAACAACAAAUACAACUGUUAAUUUAUAAUAAAUAUAUAUAAGCAUAUUGAAGCGAUAA